AUGGACGAGAGCUGGAUCAAGGUCAAGGUGGAGCGAUACCGACCGGAAGCUGGCGAGGAAGAAAAGUGGAAGGAUCCGUUACAGGUCGAUUUUGGUGGCCCAGGGCAGGACAAGGGAGAAGCUUGGUUAGACUUUGUCCUGAGGGAUGUUGCAUCCAGGCGACCGAAGGAGACGGAACCUAACAUCGGCGCAGAUGUCCUGGUGAAACCGAUUGCUAAAACGUCCAUCGGUGGCCCCGCUCCGAACCUCCCGGAGCCUACGGUGCCCGUCAUCCCGAGCGAAUUCAAGGACGAUCAAGAGGAAACACCGGAAGCUCGGGAACAACGCAUGGUCCACGACGUGUACGAGACGAUCGCCCCUCAUUUCAGUCAGACGCGGUACAAGCCAUGGCCGAUCAUCGCUAGGUUCUUGUCGUCCAUCCCGGAGCACUCGAUCGGGCUGGAUUCGGGAGCAGGGAAUGGAAAGUACUUGCCUGUGGUACGUGAGGGCAGUAAGGGGAGCCGGAUGAUCGCGCUGGAUAGGAGUUCGGGACUGCUGAGCGUGGCCAGGACGCAGAAGGGCGAGAUCGGCGAUGAUGUCGUAGGCGGUGCCGAGGAGUGCGUGCGAGGAGACCUGGCCUUUGACGGGUGGAGGAAGGGCAUAUUCGACUUUGCCAUCUCUAUCGCUGCGGUGCAUCACCUCUCGACCCGAUCGCGAAGAGUUCAAUCCAUAUGCUCGCUUCUGCUCCCACUUUACCUCUCGCCCGUUGCCCCUUACUCCAAGUUCAUUGUCUACGUCUGGGCUUACGAACAAGGAGAGAACAGUAAACGCAAGAUGGGCGUGUUAGCGAGUCCUCCUGAGGAUCAUGAUGAAGCCACUGGAUCGAAUCCCAACGGUGCCGAGAGGAAAAAGGACCAGGACGUAUUGGUUCCUUGGGUACUACAGGGUCCGCAGGAGAAAAAGGUCAAACAGCCACGACCGAGAAAAACGAAAUCCAAGCCGAACCGAGGAGCGGCCAUUGAGAUGGGCCACGCCGGCCCAGGAGGGGAGACGGCAUCUACCGCCAUGACGACAAGUAACGACGACGUUGUAUCACGACCUGAUGAAACGACUGGAAAUCGCAAUGAAAACGCCGAACCACCUGCGGUACCCGAACAAGCUCAGCCGGAACGACAGGUGUUUCAUCGAUAUUAUCACUUGUUCGUCGAGGGUGAGCUGAGGGAGGACGUUAUCGCUGCCGCUACUGGAAUGGGCUUCGUAAUCAGGGGCGAGAGGGACGAGCAGGACGGCACGAGGAAAGGUGGGAAAUGGCUGAGAAUUAUCGAGGAAGGGUAUGAGAAGGACAAUUGGUAUCUGGAGGGCGAAGUCGGAGUUUACUAG